AAGCCAUAGGGCCUCGCAGGAAGGGACCCGGCUCCGGGACCGGAGGCGCCGAGAGUGGCCGGGAGGAGGGGGCGAGGCAGCCGGGAGCCCUGGGUCUCGGUCCCAGGUCCGGGGGCCUGGCGCGCACACCAGCCUGGAGACACCCUCGCAGACACUCGUAGGCGCGCACGCGCACCCUCUCCCCUCCCCCUCGCCUCUCCUCCCGCCGCCUCCCGGCCGGACGAUGGAUCCCUGCAGAUCCCGGGGCUGAGAGCACCGCGCAGCGCGCACCGCGCCGAGCCGGGCGGACAGAGCCAAGGCGAGCGAGCGAGCGAGUGCGCGCGGGCGGGCGGACCGAGCCGAGCCGGGCCGGGCCGAGCGGGCCGCUCCCUGCAGGGCUCUGCGCGGCGUGCCGCGGCGGCCGCCGGCUCCCGCUCCGGGCCAUGCGCCCCUCCGCGGCUCGGCGCUGAGCCCGCGGCCGGCCCCGUGCCCCAGGAUUGCCGGGUUCCCGAAGCCCCUCAAGGAUCCCCUUGGCCAGGAUGGAACUGAAGGCUGAGGAGGAAGAGGUGGGUGGAGUCCAGCCCGUGAGCAUCCAGGCCUUCGCCAGCAGCUCCACGCUGCACGGCCUGGCCCACAUCUUCUCCUACGAGCGGCUGUCACUAAAGCGGGCGCUCUGGGCCCUGUGCUUCCUGGGCUCACUGGCUGUGCUGCUGUGUGUGUGCACGGAGCGUGUGCAGUACUACUUCAACUACCACCACGUCACCAAGCUCGACGAGGUGGCUGCCUCCCAGCUCACCUUUCCUGCCAUCACGCUGUGCAACCUCAACGAGUUCCGGUUUAGCCAAGUCUCCAAGAAUGACCUGUACCACGCUGGGGAGCUACUGGCCCUGCUCAACAACAGGUAUGAGAUACCGGACACGCAGAUGGCAGAUGAAAAGCAGCUGGAGAUCCUGCAGGACAAGGCCAACUUCCGCAGCUUCAAGCCCAAGCCCUUCAACAUGCGCGAGUUCUACGACCGCGCGGGGCACGACAUUCGAGACAUGCUGCUCUCCUGCCAGUUCCGGGGCGAGGUCUGCAGCGCAGAAGACUUCAAGGUGGUCUUCACACGGUAUGGAAAGUGCUACACGUUCAACUCUGGCCGAGACGGGCGUCCGCCGCUGAAGACCAUGAAGGGAGGGACAGGCAAUGGACUGGAGAUCAUGCUAGACAUCCAGCAGGACGAGUACCUGCCUGUGUGGGGGGAGACUGAUGAGACGUCCUUCGAAGCUGGCAUCAAAGUGCAGAUCCACAGUCAGGACGAACCUCCCUUCAUCGACCAGCUGGGCUUUGGUGUGGCCCCAGGGUUCCAGACCUUUGUGGCCUGCCAGGAGCAGAGGCUCAUCUACCUGCCCCCGCCCUGGGGCACCUGCAAAGCUGUUACCAUGGACUCGGAUUUCUUCGACUCCUACAGCAUUACCGCCUGCCGCAUCGACUGUGAGACCCGCUACCUGGUGGAGAACUGUAACUGCCGCAUGGUGCACAUGCCAGGGGACGCCCCCUACUGCACUCCAGAGCAGUACAAGGAGUGUGCGGAUCCUGCUCUGGACUUCCUGGUGGAGAAGGACCAGGAGUACUGUGUGUGUGAAAUGCCCUGCAAUCUGACCCGCUAUGCCAAGGAGCUGUCCAUGGUCAAGAUCCCCAGCAAAGCAUCCGCCAAAUACCUGGCCAAGAAGUUCAACAAGUCUGAGCAGUACAUAGGGGAGAAUAUCCUGGUGCUGGACAUUUUCUUUGAAGUCCUCAACUAUGAGACCAUUGAACAGAAGAAGGCCUAUGAGAUUGCAGGGCUCCUGGGUGACAUUGGGGGCCAGAUGGGGCUGUUCAUUGGCGCCAGCAUCCUCACGGUGCUGGAGCUCUUUGACUAUGCCUAUGAGGUCAUUAAGCACAAGUUGUGCAGACGAGGCAAGUGCCAGAAGGAGGCCAAACGGAGCAGCGCAGACAAGGGCGUGGCCCUCAGCCUGGAUGACGUCAAAAGACACAACCCGUGCGAGAGCCUGCGGGGCCAUCCUGCUGGGAUGACGUAUGCUGCCAACAUCCUACCUCACCAUCCGGCCAGAGGCACUUUUGAGGACUUUACCUGCUGAGCCCUGCAGGCCACUGUACCAAAGGCCUAGAUGAGGAGGGCUAGAAGAGCAAGGGGGGCCCCAAGUACCCCCCCACAUCUGCCCUGGGGACACCCUCCCCCUCCCAAGGCAGCCCCCCGCUCCUGGGCAGUCCUUUCCUCUUGUCUGUGGUGAGGAAGGAGUCCUGACCAUAGAGUACUCUCCCUGUCUCUAUCCUAUUCUUUUUAUUUUUAACAAAACUAAUCUAAAAAAGAAACUAAAAAGAGAGAACUGGGCAAGUGACCUCAGGCUGCCCCUCUCUGCUCCAUGCUGCCUCCCCCAGCUCCCAGCCUGAAUUCUGUCUGUCUGGCUAUCUGUCAUCUGAGUGUCCACCUACAU